AUGCCAAAAUCCCACGAAAUCAUAUACAAAACUCAAUCUCCAAACGUAAGAUUUGAACAUGCGGAUGGCUAUAAUACAUUCCAACGAGGAGAACUCGGUCUUUCAAAGAGUUGCUUGGAAGGAAAAUUAGUUUUUGAUAGAAGAAUUAAAGUGAAUUCCAUUGAAUUCUCUUUAAAGGGUAUCGAAGAAACAAAUUACGUGCCAGUUGGAGGAAGAAUAAAAAGCCGGUUUUCCGGCUUUUAUAAAUUAACAGAAAAAAGUAAAAUAAUUUCUCUUGAAGGAACUGAUCCAAUGGAACAUUACGACUUCAAAUUUCCGUUAAAUUCGAAUUUGUCUAGUUCUUUCUUAAUCGGUGAUAAAGAGAAGAACGUAAAUGGUCGAAUUUAUUAUAUUUUUAGUGUAACUGUUAGUACCCCAGGGACAUUUUUCAAUCAAAAAACUUUGUGCGAAAUUUAUUGCCCACUGAACCAAGUAUUACCCUAUUUCAGUACACCUUAUAAAGAUGUAAUAGGUAAACAUACUAUUUCCAAUGAGCCACUCUUUGAAUAUUCCUUUAAGGUCCCUGAGUAUUUUGGUCUUGGAACUACAAUUUAUGUUCCUAUUCAAGUUACUUUUCUCGAAAGCAAAGUUAAAAUCGUAAGGAUAGAUAUAUCCUUGAAGGAGGUUACCAAGUAUACUUUUGAAAGUGACGAAGAGCCUGUUAAAACUAGAAAACAAUGCUGCACAUUUUUCGAAGAGCCAGCAAAAAUCUCAAAUAAUAGACUUGAACAGAAUCUUACUUUAAAAGUUCCCGAUGAUUUAAAUAGCAGCUAUUCUGGUACAUUUGUAGAAAUAAAGUAUAAAAUAUGUAUUAAGUUUACGUUGGUUGGUGGUGGCAUAAAUAUUGGUAGUGGUGAUUUUUAUAAAGAGCAAACUGUGAUAGUCGCAAAUUUUAAUAAACUAAACAAUUCCGAUCAAGGCAACAACAAUACUGUCCUCGACGAAGGUCCCCCACAAGAGGAAAAAAGUAUUCAAAAUGAAGAAAGUGUAUCUUCAGUCCAAGGAACGCCGCAAGAGCCACAAAACACUCGGGAUGCGCAAUAA